UCUCUUCUUCUUCUUUGUGAUCUCUCUAAACUCAUAAUAAUAAUAAUAAUAAUAAUAUCCCAAAACUCACAUUUCAUUUUUCAUUAACACAAUGUCAAUAUCAACAAUUGAUCAUAACUCAAGAUUCAAAAAAACAAAAAACAAUGGCUCAAAUGAAGCUAAAAAGAAGAAGAAAUUUAUGUUUGUAAGCUUUGGAGGGCUCGGAUGUAAGGGAAAGUUUAGUUCUCCGUUGGCGCCGUCGACGCCGGAAGUUAUUAGAUCAGCAGCAGCAUGGGAGAGUAGUAGUAGGCAAAUGAGGAAGAAUACAAAGAGAAUGAUAUCAACAUUGUCAAGAAGUAGUACUAGGAAUUCAAGUACUAAUGUUGUUUGCUGUGCUCCUCCUGGUAUUGGUUCUGCAUUUGAUGUUGCUCCUAGGACAAGAACAAGAUCAAAUAAUAGAGGGGUGAAGCACUCUCGCAUCGCGAGGAGAACUGCGAAUGGUGAAGAGACAUCGAGGUUUCAUGCAUCAAACACAAGACAUCAAUGCCCUCGCGCUCAUCAUCGUCCUCCUAUUAUGAUCCUCAGACAGAACUUGCAAUUUGCUAGAGACUUAGAAGGGGAUGAUGAUCAAUAUGGAUCAUGGAGACUAGAUGUAGAUGAUAUGUCAUACGAGCAAUUGGUUGAACUAAGUGAUAGGAUUGGAUAUGUGGGAACAGGUUUAGCAGAAGAGAAGAUAGUUCAAUGUAUAAGAAAGUUUAAGCUCUCAACAACUGAUUCCUAUUCAAUGCUCAUAUCUACUGAUAAAACUUGGAGGUGUACCAUAUGCCAAGAAGGAUACAAAGUUGAUGAUGAAAUUGGCAAACUAGAAUGUGGACAUUACCAUCAUAUUGAAUGCAUAAAGAAAUGGCUUAUGCAGAAGAAUGCAUGUCCUAUUUGCAAAAUUGCAGCAAUCCAUGAAAUUGACUAAGAGGCAUAUAAUAGGCCUGACACAUAGCGGGAGCUUAGUGUACCGUACUGCUUCUUUUGGGGGGUUGUUUUUUCCUAUUGAUUUGUUUGGAGGGAGAUAGAGGAUAGUCCAACUGCGUAAGUGAAAGGCGAAAGUCAAGUUUACGUGCAACCAGGUGUAACGUGUCAAAGGUCACUGAGUUGUCGUUUGGAAAAUUGCAUUUGAUAAGUUUGUUAUCCUAAUUCCGCUUCUUUGAGACCA